CCAAGCCCCUCUCGUCACACUCUCUCUCUCUGGAUUCCGCUGCUCACCUCAGCAGUAGCAGGCUAACCAGAAACUCAAAAUCCCCAAAACAAACGAAAACACCAUCAUCAAAUUACACCAGAAAACCAAGCUUUACAAAUAUCUUAAAAAGAUUAGCCAUGGCGAAUUGUUUGCAAGUACCCAUGGCUUCGUGCUCAAUAUCGUCGUCUUCAACCUCAGCUAAUUCUAGCACACCAAGUUUCCGAACAUUUUGUUCGAUGAAACCCAGAAAUUCUGCUAGAAUUCCCAUGCCCCCAGUUAAUCCUAAAGACCCGUUUCUUAAGAAACUCGCUUCGGUUGCUGCUAAUGCUCCCGAAACGUUUCUUAAUAGGCCUCUUGAUUCUGAUACCCCGCCUUAUUUGGAUUUGUUCGAUUCUCCCCAGCUCAUGGCUACUCCUGCUCAGGUGGAAAGGUCUGUUUCUUACAAUGAGCACAGGCCAAAGAGGCCUCCACCAGACUUGCCUUCUUUGCUUCUCCAUGGAAGAAUUAUUUACAUAGGAAUGCCGUUGGUUCCUGCUGUUACGGAGCUUGUGAUUGCAGAACUGAUGUACUUACAGUGGAUGGAUGCGAAGGAACCUAUAUAUAUUUAUAUUAAUUCUACUGGUACCACCCGGGAUGAUGGUGAAACGGUUGGAAUGGAAAGUGAAGGUUUUGCUAUCUAUGACGCAAUGAUGCAGCUAAAGAAUGAGAUACACACAGUUGCAGUAGGGGCUGCUAUCGGUCACGCUUGUCUGCUUCUUUCUUCCGGAACCCCGGGAAAAAGGUUUAUGAUGCCUCAUGCCAAAGCCAUGAUUCAACAACCUCGUGUACCAUCUUCUGGGUUAUUGCCAGCAAGUGAUGUUGCGAUUCGCGCAAAAGAGGUAAUUAUAAACAGGGACACUCUUGUGAAACUAUUGGCCAAACAUACAGAAAACUCUGAAGAAACUGUUGCUAGUGUGAUGAGAAGGCCAUUUUAUAUGGAUGCAGUCAAGGCCAAGGAAUUUGGUGUCAUAGACAAGAUUCUUUGGCGAGGCCAAGAAAAAAUUAUGUCUGAUGUUUCUGCACCCGAGGACUGGGACAAGACUGCUGGAAUUAAAGCUAUUGAUGCAAUAUGACAUUUUUAUCGCUGUUCUUUAUACUUAUUGGUACUUUCUUCGUAGUGGUAAUCCGAGUAUAUGCAAUUAACACUAUGAUCUGGAAGGAUUUUCUUCUUUCAUUCUGUUGAACGUGUGCUGGUUUCAGAUGUUUGCUGAUAACAAUGCCACUAGGAUUUAGCAGAGCAUGAAAUGGCGCGUAGUGGCUUGUGGUGGCAAUGGGCUUGUACCUAUAUGAUCUGAGAAAAAUUUCUGGAGAAGCAAGAUAUAAUCAACGAAGUCUUGUAAAAGCCUAACUCUAUUUAUUGUAUGACAAUGGCUAUGUACAUUGCAAAUUGAUUCGAAGAUAGCCAAAGUGAUGGUAGUGAUAUGUUACAGUUUCAAAUGAAAGGUUUUGGAACUCAGACAGCUUAUGAAAAGCUUUCUUUGUAGAUUUCAGAACUUAUGUAUAAUCGCAUCAUUUGGUGUUUUAAAGUUGCAAUUUCUUGAUUUA